CUACUGUUUUCCUUUGUCGCUGGGACCAGAUCGGCCCAAGGAUGAUACGGAAUUAGACAGGAGAGCCGGAAAGACUCCCGUCUUCGCAACUCCGAGUACCCUGGAAUACUAUUGGUCAUAGGGGCUUCGAAGCCUGAGCCAGUGAGCCCUCCCUGCGUCGCUUCAGUAGAUGCCCUGCCCUGCUAGCCCAGCCACUCAAGCCUCCCGUCGCCCAACUGAAUCACCAUCAACGUUUCCCUCCCAAGCUUCAGAUGACGUUGAGACACAAAAAUAAGAAAAAAGGUUACUGUUGCCAACGCACAGUCUCCGGCUAGUAAUGGUCACCACGACAGAGUCCAAAUUAUUCGGCCCUUGACUGGGAUCACGGCCAUAUCUGCAGCUAUUUGACAUUGCUCGACGGCAGUCCAGAAGCCAUGGCUGUGGAUCUCAUGCAUCGGUGGCUGUCUUAGAGUAGCAUGCUCCAGGGGCCAAGAACCCCACUGCACCAGUCGAGACGCGCAAUGGGGGGCUGAUAUCCUUGUCGUUAGCCCGUGAUGAUGUCGUUUUGCAGUUUGUCGCAGUGUUGAUAUACACUACUAACCUCCUCGUCCUCAUCUGCUCCCAGCUGAUGCGUGUGAUGCUCGCUGUUGAAAGGUCGCGAUAAUCAUCCUCAACCGCAUUCACGCCCUCGCCUCCGCUUUUGGCUUGACGCCAACUAACAUAUCAUGGCUCUUCCGACGUUUCGAUCGCUCGCUGCUCGCAGGCAGAAGGAGAAAACAGUGCAGGAAAACGGAGUUGCAGCUUCUGAUGCUCCAGCAGCAGCACCGGAGCAGAAUUCAGAGCGGACUCUGACACCCACGUAUACACCUGGAGUCGACAUCAAGGAAGCCACCAAGACACGAAAGAUCUCAAUAAUAAUCUCUUGCCUCUUCUUCUUCAUUUCUGUAAUAUUCUUAAUUCUGACGAUCAUCGGGAACAUCAACAACAAGCCUGUAAUCCGCGAUACCUACUUCUUCUCCCUCGACCUCACGAACAUCAUCCCCGCCUCCGCAAACGACAUCCAGCUCGUCAAUUCUCUCGCCCGCUCCCUCGGCCUCCACGAUUUCUACCAAGUCGGACUCUGGAACUUCUGCGAAGGCUACAACGAUGAGGGGAUCACAUAUUGCUCCAACACCAAACCACUCUACUGGUUCAACCCUGUCGAGAUCCUGCUCAAUGAGCUUCUCGCUGGCGCGACUAUCGCUCUUCCAGCGGAGAUCACAGAUAUAUUGAGCCUGAUCAGGAUUGCUUCCCAUGUCAUGUUCGGCUUCUACCUGACGGGCAUAUGCAUGAACUUCCUCUCCAUAUUCAUCGCUCCCAUCACGCUGAAAUCAAGAUGGUGGUCCUUCCCCUUCGCCAUCUGGACAUUCAUUGCUGCUUUACUCACUACAGCCGCAACCAUCAUCGCGACAGUCAUGGCAGUGAUCUUCCGCAAUGUAGCAACCUCGCAGCCAAGUUUGAACAUCAGCGCCAGUAUCGGCGAGCAGAUGUUUGGCUUCAUGUGGACUGGGUCUGCGUUCAGCAUUUUCGGGUUCUUGAUCCAUCUCGGUAUGAGCUGUUGCUGUGCUAGUAGGCGGGAUGUUAGGACGGGGAGGAGGAAGGGGAGGAUGAGUGCGUAUGGUGAUGCGGGGAGUGAUGAGAAGAAGAGACCGUUGAAUAAGAGACAGUGGAAGAAGAUGCCCAAAUUCAUGCGGAGGAGGACGAGUGGUGAGGUGGUUUAGAUGUGGAAUGUGGGGAGGGAAGGGAUUGUAAAUAGCAUGGGUGAGACAUUUGGGCACUGGAAAAUUCUGGCUAGAGGCGUUAUGAGAGCUUGGAUAGCGAGUGAAUUUUGAGCGUGGUUGAAUACCUGGUCUUGCAUUGCCUGCAUGUUGAUAGCAUGGAACUCAGAAUAAAUUAUCGAAAAGACCACCGUUACUAAAAUACGACAAAUCUCUAUCUGGUGUAUCUACAGCACCUUUGCUCGUUCAACUCCACAAUCGAGAC